AUGCCUCUAUCCAAUAGUGCCAACGCCUGUCAUAUGAAACACAGCAUCUCUUUGACAAGAAUUAGCUCAACAUUACGUCGAAGUAGUGCUAAGCUAUUGCAGAAAAUGAAGUCAACUUAUCCUGACUAUUAUCCUGAGUUUAUUAAUGCAAGAAUGAAGCGAACUCUUUCCAUGUCAACCAUCACAUCGCAAGAGGUGGCGGCAACUCAUGAGAACUUCACCACCAAUUUGCUAAACAUGAAGAAUAAGACAUCGAGUUCUGUUCUUAACGAUAAUAUGGCGCUACUUUGGGAACCCUUUGGACACUUAGUGUUGAAGUUUUACGGCAUUUAUGUGUUGAGCGAAGACAUCGUUACUGUAAUGACGGUUCAAAGACAUCCAUCACUUCCAACACAUCCAACACUUCCAACGCUUGUAGACAACUGUCCCCUAAAGGCUUAA